CUCUUUGAGGUGCUAAUGGAACUAAGCCCUCUCUUCUGCUGGUUGCUGUUUCACAAUACUUACAUGAAUAUCUGCUCGAUCUUGAAAGGCAGCAUUAAUCAGCAUAGUAAUCACCCUAAGAAGGCUAUAAAAACAAAAGUUUAUCUUCCUUUGAUUGAAGAAUAGCACCUCUCUGUCCUUUUGAACUCUGCCUCAACCUCACUCAAGUGAUUGUAUCAGCAAUGAAGAUAUUUUGUAUUUUCCUGACCUUUGUCUUCACUGUGUCUUGUGGUCCAGCAGUUUUACAGAGGAAAACAAGAGAAAAAACAAGAGAAAUUGAAGAAAGAAAAAGUCAAUGUUACCUUGUUCGUGGUGCUUGCAAGACUUCAUGCAACACCUGGGAAUACGUAUUUAAUUACUGUGAUUCCGAGCCCUGCUGUGUUGUACGGGAAUACGUAAUACCAGGCAGUCAAAGCACCACCACUAAAGCUUAUGAAGAUGUAAAUUAUAGUUUUAUUACACUACCUGCUACUACCCAUGCAAAUUAUAAUUCUUCUAUUUUGUUACCUAACAAUACUGAUGUAAAUUAAAAUUCAAGUAUGUAACACUACAUGGUAACCAUAUUACUAAUAAAAAUGAACUUUCUACUUUC